CUCUCUCUCUCUCUCUCGGACAGAACACAACACUUAAGUCACAGAGACGAACAGAAACAUAUUUUCUCGGUCUUCUCUACACAGGAAAAUAAGAAAAAUCCAUGGCGGGGGAUCAACUGCAAGUGCUAAACGCACUUGAUGUGGCCAAAACGCAGUGGUAUCACUUCACAGCGAUUAUAAUCGCGGGAAUGGGAUUCUUCACGGACGCUUACGAUCUCUUCUGCAUCUCCCUGGUGACUAAGCUCCUCGGCCGUAUCUAUUACCACGUCGACGGCGCCAAGAAGCCCGGAACGCUACCGCCCAACGUUUCGGCCGCCGUUAAUGGCGUCGCGUUUUGCGGAACGCUAGCGGGUCAGCUCUUUUUCGGAUGGCUCGGAGACAAACUGGGGAGGAAGAAAGUCUACGGAAUGACACUGUUGCUUAUGGUCAUUUGUUCCAUUGCCUCAGGUUUGUCGUUCGGACACGAGCCAAAGUCUGUAAUGGCCACACUCUGUUUCUUCCGAUUCUGGCUUGGUUUCGGCAUCGGUGGCGAUUACCCUUUGUCCGCUACGAUCAUGUCGGAAUACGCAAACAAGAAAACUCGCGGUGCGUUUAUCGCCGCCGUUUUCGCCAUGCAGGGGUUCGGAAUCAUGGCCGGCGGCAUUUUCGCGAUCAUAAUCUCGGCUGCGUUUGAAUCGCGGUUUCCGGCGCCUGCGUAUGAAGUAAACGCGAUCGCGUCCACGGUUCCUCAGGCGGACUACGUCUGGAGAAUCAUUGUGAUGGUCGGAGCUUUACCGGCGGCCAUGACGUAUUACUGGAGAAUGAAAAUGCCGGAAACAGCACGAUACACUGCCCUGGUCGCGAAAGACGCUAAGCAAGCAGCUUCGGACAUGUCUAGGGUUCUGCAAGUGGAGAUCGAAGCAGAACAGCAGAAGAUCGAACAGAUCUCUCAGGACAAGAACAAUGCCUUUGCCUUGUUCUCCAAAGAAUUCCUCCGCCGACAUGGCCUUCACUUGCUCGGAACUACGACCACUUGGUUCUUGCUCGACAUCGCCUUCUACAGCCAGAACUUGUUCCAGAAAGAUAUUUUCAGCGCGAUCGGGUGGAUUCCCCCGGCUCAGACGAUGAACGCCAUCCAAGAAGUGUUCAGAAUCGCACGUGCUCAGACCCUAAUCGCCUUGUGCAGUACCGUCCCCGGCUACUGGUUCACGGUCGGAUUCAUCGACAUAAUCGGAAGAUUCGCGAUUCAGUUGAUGGGUUUCUUCUUCAUGACCGUCUUCAUGUUCGCCUUAGCCAUACCUUACAACCACUGGACUCAUAAAGAUAACAGAAUCGGAUUCGUGAUCAUGUAUUCUUUGACCUUCUUCUUCGCCAACUUCGGGCCGAAUGCCACAACCUUUGUGGUUCCGGCGGAGAUCUUUCCCGCAAGAUUCCGAUCGACCUGCCACGGAAUCUCAGCUGCUUCGGGUAAAUUAGGAGCCAUUGUUGGAGCUUUCGGGUUCUUGUACUUAGCUCAGAAUCCGGACAAGACCAAGACUGAUGCUGGGUACCCUCCGGGCAUUGGCGUGAGGAACUCUCUCAUCGUGUUGGGUGUGGUUAAUUUCCUCGGAAUCCUUUUCACUUUCUUGGUCCCUGAAUCCAAAGGCAAGUCUUUGGAGGAAAUGUCGGGUGAAAACGAGGAAUCCGACAACAAUGGCGGCAACAGCAGGACGGUUCCUGCGGUAUAGAGUUGUCUCACCGUUGAUGCGACAAUAUCAAGGUGAUAAUGUUUACGUUUUUGUUAUAUUUACUCUCUCUCUCUCUCUCUCUCUCUCUCUCUCUCUCUCUAGUGAAUCCUAAUGUACUCAUGUUUUCAACUUCAUAUCUUCAAUCAAGUUCUUACUUCAUUACAUGCACAAAUCC